AUGACCCAACAACUCUUCCAUAAAGGAAUGUUCACAAACCGCCCAAGAUCAAGCUCCUUUAGUGGAGCAACUAAUCAAGGGAACAUCGAACUGGCAGAUAAAACAGAUAAAGAAUCCGAAGAACAGCUGUUCACAGAAGUGUACUGCGGCAAAAGGCAAAGAUCCAGUCCAGAUGCAGUUAUGCGCAAUCAAAAGCAGGCAAAAGUGAACUACUGGCUUGCAACACCAGCAGUACCAACAUCCAAUCGAUUCAAAGGACUCGAAGUUAUAGAGCAAGCAGACAAGCCUGAAAUACAAACACCGAAGCCCACAAGACCCCCUCCACUAUUCAUUGACGGAGUCAAGAAUAUACAACCCUUGAUGAAACUAUUAGAAGACGUAUCAAAAAGGAGAAUAUGA